GAGCGGGGCGCGCCCGCCCCAUGCUCCGGAGCCAUGAGGGCGGGCAGCCCUGGGGCCCCGGCCGCCGCGCCCCGGCCGGCACCGAGGCGGGCAAGGCGGUUUAUAUAGGGUGCCCCGCGCUCUCCCGGCGCAUGGAGCCGCAGCCGCCCUCUCCCGCUCUCUCCCGCAAGGUGAUGCCGCCGGAGCCGCUGCCCAAAGCGACCGCCCGCUGCCUCGACCCGCACGGCCGCGCCAUGUCGCAGCCCGACGGGGAGCCGCUGCCCGCAGCCCUGGAGAAGGAGGACGCCCGCUCGGCGCCCAGCACCCCCUCCACGCCGUCCGUCUGCUCCCCGCCGUCCUCCUCCUCUUCCUCCACGCCGUCGGCCGGCAAGAACGUGUGCUCCAGCUGCGGGCUGGAGAUCCUCGACCGGUACCUGCUGAAGGUGAACAACCUCAUCUGGCACGUCCGCUGCCUCGAGUGCUCCGUGUGUCGCACCUCGCUGCGGCAGCAGCACAGCUGCUACAUCAAGAACAAGGAGAUCUUCUGCAAGAUGGACUACUUCAGCCGCUUUGGUACCAAGUGCGCCCGCUGUGGCCGGCAGAUCUACGCCAGUGACUGGGUGCGGCGGGCGCGCGGCAAUGCCUACCACUUGGCAUGUUUUGCCUGCUUCUCCUGCAAAAGGCAGCUUUCUACUGGAGAGGAGUUCGCUUUGGUAGAGGAGAAGGUGCUGUGCCGGAUCCACUAUGACACCAUGAUAGAGAACCUUAAGCGAGCAGCAGAAAAUGGCAAUGGGAUCACACUGGAGGGGGCCGUGCCCUCGGAGCAGGACAGCCAGCCAAAGCCAGCCAAAAGGGCCCGCACCUCCUUCACUGCCGAGCAGCUGCAGGUCAUGCAGGCACAGUUUGCUCAGGACAACAACCCCGAUGCACAAACGCUUCAGAAACUCGCAGACAUGACUGGGCUGAGUCGGAGAGUCAUUCAGGUUUGGUUCCAAAACUGCCGAGCCCGCCAUAAAAAACACACUCCCCAGCACACGGUGCCGCCCUCGGGCCCCCCCCCGCCCCGCAUCCCCUCGUCCCUCACCGAGGACAUCCACUACUCGCCCUUCAGCAGCCCGGAGAGGGCCCGUAUGGUGACGCUGCAUGGAUACAUUGAGAGUCAGGUACAGUGUGGACAAGUGCACUGUAGACUUCCCUACACGGCUCCACCAGUGCACCUCAAAGCAGACAUGGAAGGACCGCUAUCAAAUAGGGGUGAGAAGGUCAUCCUCUUUCAGUACUGACUCCGCAAGCUCCUCCUCGCCUGCCCAUGGCUCUCCCAGCACCACUGCCCCUCAGUCGCUGAAACGCAGUGUCCAGCCCAAGGCAACUGUUCUCAGUCAUGCAGGAGAAACUCAGAUUCGGCGUUCUUGGUUAUUCCCAUUGACCAGCAUCUAACAUCCACUCUUAUUUCUCCAGCAACACUCUGUGUAUGUGUGUGUCGAGUGCAGAGUUGCAUUUUUCAUUUGUUUCUUGUGGACUUGUAGAAUGACAGUGAGUCUCUCCAAGACAAUGCCAGACACAGCCCAGAUGAGUGACUCUGCUGUGCUUACAAACCUUGCUCCCCAGCUGUGGGAAUACGAACACAUCAGUACACUCUGAGUCACGGGGGGUUGGAUGAUCACCCACGAAUAUAAAGAAAGGAGGAAUUUACGUGGUUUGGCCUGAUUCUCUUUUUGCACCAGUGAAGCACUGUUGGUUCCCGGACAUCCCUCCUUAUUUACACUUGCAUGUGUGAGACUUGAAAUGGGCUCUGGCUCAGCAACUCAGUGUUCACGGAGGACUCCUGAGCCAAAGUCACAGGUAGCUGUGACUCCACUACGUGGAAAACACGAUGCCAGCUGGAAAUAGGCAGUUUUUCUUCCUCCUCAAAGUGCUUUAGAAUCACAUGUCCUUUGAUCACUCUGUAAGGUAAGUCAAUCUUAGUGUUCCCCCCGUUUUAUAGGAGGGGAUAUGGAGAUGUCCCAAACCGAAAGGAGUGGUAGGGUUGGUCGGUGGCAGAGCCAGGCUUGGCACUCUGAAGGUUUAACUUGCUGACUUAUUCUCAGAGCACCGACUGUCUCUCUCCUCUCACAGCCAUUUGCCAAAUCUUUUUUAUUAUUAUUAUUCUCAUUCUUUAUUAACAAGCUACUUUAUUUCCUUU